GGCCAUCACAGCAGCCAGCAGCGUCGCCCCUUUUAAGAGGGAGCUGGAGGGCUCGGCAAGAUGGGGAGAGGAGGAGGGUUGCUAAAAAUACCGCCCCGUGCUGGGGGAGCGCCGGGGAACGUGCGGUGCCCGGCGGGGCGCGGAGGGCCGGGCCGCCUCGGUGCGCAGUGAACGCGCCUCGGUGCGCAGUGUACGCGCCUCGGUGCGCAGUGAACGCGCCGCAGUGCGCGGCUGCACGGAGCGGGCCCCGCCGCAGGGAUGCUCGCCCCGCUCCUGGGCUCCGCGGGCUCCGGCUGGCUGCUGCUGGAGUUUGCCGUUUCGCUCGUGGAGAAGAUGCAGGCUCAGGAAAUCCUGCGGAGCCUGCGGCUCCCCGAGUUCGACGACCUCAGCCAGUUUUUCCGCAACCUGCCGGCCACGGCGCUGGUGGGCAUCGGUGCCUUCGCCGCUGUCGUCGCCUAUUGGUUUGCCAGCCGGCCCAGGGCCGUGAAGCCGCCCUGCGACCUGCGGAUGCAGUCGGAGGAGGUCGAGGGCCUGGCCGGGGCACGCCGGUCGGUGAUCGGGGACAGCCCACAGCUGCUGACGCACUACUACGAUGAUGCCAGGACCAUGUACGAGGUCUUCAGGAGGGGAUUCAGCAUCUCUGAAAAUGGCCCCUGCCUGGGGUUCAGGAAGCCCAAGCAGCCCUACCAGUGGCUGUCCUACAAGGAGGUGGCUGAACGAGCAGAAGCUCUGGGUUCAGGGCUUCUUCAGCAGGGCUGCAAGCCAUCCACGAAGCAGUUCAUUGGGGUCUUUGCUCAAAACCGUCCAGAGUGGAUCAUUUCCGAGCUGGCUUGCUACACCUACUCCAUGGUGGUGGUUCCCCUCUACGACACCUUAGGUCCUGGAGCCAUUCGUUACAUCGUCAACACAGCUGACAUUUCCACAGUCAUUUGUGACAAACCUGAAAAAGCCAGAAUACUCCUCGACCAUGUGGAGAGGAGAGAAACGCCAGGUCUGAGCUCCAUCAUCCUGAUGGACCCGUUUGAGAAGGAGCUGACGGAGAGAGGGAGGUGCUGUGGGGUUCGCAUCCAGACCAUGCAGGAGGUGGAGGACUGUGGCCGUGAGAGUCGACGUGUGCCCGUGCCUCCUCGGCCGGAAGAUCUAUCAAUUGUCUGUUUUACUAGUGGCACUACAGGAAACCCCAAGGGUGCUAUGCUGACUCACGGGAACGUGGUUGCUGAUUUUUCAGGCUUUUUGAAAGUGACGGAGAAAGUGAUCUUUCCGAGACAGGACGAUGUGCUCAUCUCCUUCCUGCCUCUGGCUCACAUGUUUGAAAGAGUUAUACAGGUAAGAAGCCUGCCUGAACUGACGAGGCCUCGUGGGGCUCCUUGUGUUUUCUUCCAGAGUCAGUGGUCUCCUACUUGUGAGGAUGUACACAUUUCCUAUUUGCCUUUAGCACACAUGUUUGAGAGAAUGGUACAGUCUGUAGUAUACUGCCACGGAGGGCGAAUCGGGUUCUUUCAAGGAGAUAUUCGUCUCCUAUCCGACGAUAUGAAAGCAUUGCGUCCAACCAUCUUCCCUGUCGUGCCGCGGCUGUUAAACAGAAUGUAUGAUAAGAUCUUCAGCCAGGCGGACACGUCCCUCAAGCGCUGGAUUCUGGAAUUUGCCGCGAAACGGAAAAAAGCCGAAGUUCGAAACGGGAUCAUUAGAAAUGACAGCUUGUGGGAUAAACUUUUCUUCAAUAAAAUACAGGCGAGUCUCGGUGGGUGCGUUCGCAUGAUAGUAACAGGCGCCGCCCCUGCGUCUCCGACUGUCCUGGGCUUCCUCCGCGCGGCCCUCGGAUGCCAGGUUUAUGAAGGGUAUGGCCAAACAGAAUGCACAGCUGGAUGCACCUUUACGACCCCAGGUGACUGGACAUCAGGUCAUGUGGGAGCCCCUUUGCCCUGUAACUUAAUCAGAUUGAAGGACGUGGAAGAGCUGAAUUAUUUUGCUUCCAAAGGAGAAGGAGAGAUAUGCGUGAAAGGACCAAAUGUUUUCAAAGGUUAUCUGAAAGAUGAAGAGAAGACAACUGAAGCGCUGGACCAGGAGGGCUGGCUUCAUACUGGAGACAUCGGGAAAUGGUUACCUAAUGGGACUCUUAAAAUUAUUGAUCGGAAAAAACAUAUAUUUAAACUCGCUCAGGGAGAAUACAUUGCACCAGAGAAGAUAGAGAAUAUCUAUAUCCGCAGUGACCCUGUUGCCCAGAUCUAUGUCCAUGGAGACAGCCUGCAGGCUUUCCUGGUGGGAAUCGUGGUGCCCGAUCCCGAAGUCAUGCCAGGCUGGGCAAAGAAAAGAGGGUUUGACGGAACAUAUGCAGAACUCUGUAAAAAUAAGGAACUGCAGCAAGCGAUAAUGGAAGACAUGGUACGGUUAGGUAAGGAGAGUGGACUUCAUUCCUUUGAGCAGGUCAAAGCCAUUUACAUUCACUCUGAUAUGUUCUCAGUACAAAAUGGUUUGUUGACACCAACGUUAAAGGCUAAGAGACCCGAACUAAGAGAUUACUUCAAAAAACAAAUAGAAGAGCUAUAUUCGAGCAUCUCCAUCUGAAAUUACGGGAAGAAUCUUCUGAAUAAUGGACUUCGUAGCAAUACUAGAAUAAUACUCAAAAGUACAGAGCCAGAAUGACACAGCUGAAAUGGAUAAGCAUCAGAAUCUGACAUUUGAGCCUUUCAUUGUUCUAGGAUUUCACCACUAACCAUAAUUUUCCUUCUUUUUUCCAUCAGGUGUGAUACAAUUUAUUUUUUACUCUAUGUAGGCAGUAGGGUACUACUAAGAAUCAUGCUAAAUUGCCACAGAACAUACAGAAAUUUCAAUCUAUGACCAAGUAAAUUACGUAAACUUACCUUAUUAAUAACUACAAACAUGUCUAAUUAAAAUAGGGAAAAUUUCAGGUAUGUCUGUCUGUAUAUAACCUACUACAUUAGAAACUAAAAUUGUGGGUAAUUCAAUAAUGUGGUCUACCUCAAACAAUCGGUGAUUGAUGGUGAAGUCUGUUUUCCCUGAUCUGGAACUUCAAGCUGGGUAUUGGUUUAUAUAUUAAGUGAUAGUUUUUAUAUUUUCCAGAACAUAAAUUACAUUGAUUUGAUUUAAUCAUUAAUGACCUAACAACCAGAAUAGAAAUAGGAAUGAAUCUCCCCCUAUUUGUACUUAAUAGACCUAUUAGUAUAUGACAUCUAAUGGAUUAAAUUGAAAUUAAAGAAGAGGUUAGGAAGCGAUAGGAUAGAAUUCCCUCUGUUUCCUUUUCAUCCGAACUCAGUUUAUACAUGGCAUGCUGAUUUUGCAUUAGGGCCUCCUUCAGCACAGCACACUCACGGACAUCUGAACUACUCAAACCGAGAAGGUUGUAAAGCAUCGCUGGCUCUGGGGUGUCUUUCUGUGGGAGUUCACGUUAACCCAUAUGCUCCCGGUCCCUAAUUUAUUACUUUACAUGCUGCUAAUACUGCGUAGUCCAGUUGGACUAACUCCCUUUCAGAAACAGUGCUAAAGAAACGGAGCACAAGGUUUAAGCUGCGAUUCUGAAUGGGGCUUAGCAAAAUAAAUUGGUUUGGGAGAAAGGCUGGCCUGAGAUGCAGCGGCGGAGGGCAUCCUUCGGCUGGCCGUGGGAGAGGAAGAGAUGCUGCUCCGGAAGGCUCGCAGGGAUGGGCGAAAGGCUGCGGUAGCCACUGCUGUCGUAAGGUGUCAUGGUACGGUAAAACACGACGUGGCUGCAGAAAGGCCUGCUAAGAAAACAACUUUACGUUCCGAUGUCUGGAAGCCUCAGUUCCUGCUGUUGUCACUUCCAGUGGCCUCUCUGGAAUAAAGAGCAAGUGGUCGGGAUGAAACCGGAGAUUUCACGACCCGCUGCAGCCAUUGAAAGGGGACAAGUCCCAUGGGAAGGGGAACGGAGCUCGCUCUUGAAAUAAAGCACGGUACAAAACAAUGAGAAAACUGUAAUGUCAAGUCGCUUGAAUACUUGGACCGUCAGUGGCUUCCUUCUGCUAAACAGGGUCCGAAAUAUCUAUGUGCAUUUUAAUAGCUGCUGUUCGUUGCACCAGUGCAUACUAGCAUGGAGCUGUGCCUGCUAGAUCGUCUUUGCUAGGACAGUGAAAGCACACUUAUUUUCUCUUUUAAACUGGAAUCCACUGUAGACUUUUGAAGCUAAAAGUUUAAAUUUUUAAUCUAAAUGACCUCUUAUUUUCCCUCUGAAAUUCCAUUGCAUGCUUCAAAAUGAAAUAAAUUGAAUUAAUGAGUUAGUGUUACACAAAGACUGAUUUAUUGCAGUAAUUUCAGAACAAAAUGAUACAAAGGAAACUGUAUCAGCUAACAUAAUCACUCAUAUAAAGAACAUAGUGAUUUGAUUUAUCAGAUGUGGAAGGAUUUGUCUGAAUCCCUUUUUGCGCCCGAUUCCCCUUUUGAUUCCAGUGCAAUGACUCAUAUCAGUCCAAAGCAAGUAAGAAAUACCGCUCCUGCGAUCUGAUGGUACUGUACAUUCAUUUUUCACCAAUGUACACAGCAACAGCAUCCCUGGGGAAUUUGCGUCUGCCGUGUCUACAGAGGAUAGGAAUUACUGUACAAAAUCUGGCUCUUUAGGUCAAGUCAUAAAGGAUUUUCAUCUCUGCGGAGUCUAGUUCAUCUCCUUUUUGUAUCAGCCAGAAGACAGUCAUUACAUACGCACGCUCCAAAGCAGUGAAGAAUUAGUACAAUUUCCUGUUUUAAUGCGACAUACUUUUAAAAUAAAAAACCCCUGAAAACUAGUCAUCUAAAUAAGUACAGAAAAGCUAUUUUCCACUGACCUUUCUCUACCACAUGAAUUUAAUAUAAUUUUCUUCUAAGAUGAUUUCAGUUUACCAGACUUCUCUAGCUAACUAAAAUCUGACUUUGUGUAAGUGUAGAAGAUCCCAACACGAGUUUAUUUACGGCUUAGAUGGCUGUUAUUUUAAGAAUGUAAUGCCGAAUAAUAGGUCUGCGUUGCUCUUUCGGUAUUUGAUGCAAAAUGUUGGAUGCGCUAGGGCCAAAGAUAUGACCACCAAACGAAUAAGAAAGAAAAAAUACAGAUGUGGCCACACUAGGAUGAUGCGAAAUUUGGGAGAAAUUGUGUUGCCACACCAAAAGUGUGAAUACUUCCAGAACUUGUGAAAAGCUGUAUAAAUAAACUAAAAGCUCUCUUGAAUACUUUCUUGUGUAAUCAGAUUUUCCUCUGCAGGUUAUUCUCUCGCCAUAAUCAUAACAAUGUUGUGAGAAAUUAAAACUUGAAAAGAAUACGUGUGCAACACACGGGCUAGGCACAAACAUGCUUCUCUUCAAAUUUCAGAAAUACUUGUUUUGCAUCGAGCUUUCUUAAACUGAAAUACUUCUUGUGACCGCCAAGGAAAAAUCGCCAGGGCUGUCCAAUAACCAGUUGGUUGGUUGGUUUGUUUGUUUUCUCAAGACAGCUAAUUACAAAAUUAAUUUCCAAUAUUCAUCUUAUCGAAAGAGCCGAGACUCGAGUGCCGUUGCGUAAGUGGCAAUGCAAGUUACCCAUCUCUCUGCGUGAUGGCUUCUGGGUGACUGGUUUUAACUACUCACUCUCAUCUGGGGGUUCAUUCCGCCAUCACUUAAUGACAGAACCACAGCAAGGCCACUGCAAUGAGCACAGCAACGCUCUGCCACCAGAGUGGGGCCAGAGGGGGGGUCAGGCAGGAGGCCGAUAGCCCAAAGCACCGUGGCCACCAAAGCCGUUUGCACCCUCUUCCCCGCAGGGUUACGCUGCAGCGGGUGUGCUGCGAGGCUCGGCGCACCAAAUACGCCUCUGAAAUCACUGGAAGGCUCUCUCCAGUGCUCAUAUAUAAAAACCAGAAUAAAAUACAUUUUUCAGGAAGAGAAUAUUGCUUAGUCAUAUAUUUUGUAUGUUCUUUGCUCGAUAUAUUGCACAGAGAAAAUACUGUUCUGCUACAGAAAUGGUCAAAGACAGAGGAGUGAGCAGAAACCACACCAGUCUUAACCCCGCGUUGGCAGGAAACACGCAGCAUUAUUCUGUCCUGAAAGGCACAUCUGUAGGUUAAAAUGGUUGAUACGCAUCAAGUGAAAAAGAUGGUGAGUUGUUUAUUGGUGAAAGGACUGCUUUGCAAUCUGUCGUUGCUGUUAGUAAGUAUAUAUCAGCAUCAGUAAAGUCCAGUGUCAUUUUUGCCAUGAAUAUGGAAUUCUUGCAUAGAACAGAAAAUAAACUGACUUAAUCUUCUGGAAUGAAACACAUUAACUAUAGAUUUCUUUUCUUUUUAUUUUCCAUGUAUUAAAAGCACAAACUGGUGAUCUAUAUGUAAAUAAACUGCUACAAGAUGAAUGUAAACUGGGAAAGAAUAUACUAUUUUUGCAUGGUAACAGAUUACUUAAAGACCUCUUGAUGCCUUACAGAAAAUUUGGAAGAGCAUUUUAUUUAGAGGCAAUUCUAUCUGUGUACUUUUUGUAUCUUUAGCUCACUCUGGUUUUGUCUGUGGAAAAACCCCCAGAUAAUCCGAAUUAGAUCUUUGUUUCUCCUUGGAAUUAACAUUCUUGGUCCUAUGCACAUUCAAUGGUUUCUACACCACCUUUACUCCCUUGAAAUGGUGAAGCUGAGGCUGUGCUUUUCGGAGGAGAAAGCUGGAUGCUUGUAGUCUGGGAGGGAAAAAGUUUCAGAUCCCUGGAAUUGUUCCAAAAUAAAAUGUUUUCUGAGGCAUCUAGAGCCCCUUUAAGCCCUUUGCUUCAUUUCAGCUUUUUGUUACGUAUUUUAGCAAAGUACACGCAGCUAACAAAUGAGGCAUUUUCGUAAGUGUUGCCUAUUCUAUUUUCAACCGAAAGUGAAGGGGUUAAAAUAUAACAUAUACAUUUGUGUAAAAAAAAAAAAAAAAUCUUAACUGUAAUUAAAGAUUUUUAAGUUUUGGUAUAUUAGCAUGUAUAUCAAAAAGUCAUCUAUGGAAACUUUUGUAAAGAAUUAAAUUGUCACAUUUCUCAAAGCCACUCAUAAGAUUUUUCUCGUGGACUGACAUACAAUAAAAGCUUUUUUAUAAAA